UGUACAUGUACACCCCACCCUGCACCACACACUAGACCAAUCCCCAUUAUCAAUAUCUCUCUUUUAACUGAAUAUAUUUGAAGUAAAAGCAAAGAAAACUCAUCAAACCUUCCAACCUUAUAGCAAUCAUGAUCCAAUCACAAUAAUAUUGUCUCAUAUGAUCUCCCCUUUCAACCUCUCAAACAAAUAUAAUACUAUUUCAAACACCAUGGAAAUAACACCAAAAUUAUCAUCAUCAGUCAUGGAUUAUCACUCCAAGGUGGAUUCUUCACGCCCUUUUCGCUCCGUCAAAGAAGCCGUAGCUAUCUUCGGUGAACGAUUCUUGGCUAAAGAAAUCUAUUCUCCAAAGCCAUUCAUGUUUCCAAAUCAAGAAAGUCCAUGGAAUAAUAACAAUUAUUCUCCUACAAGUGCUAAUUCUCAAGAAAAUAUUGUUACAAGUGCCACGUCAUGGAGAUCUUCUUCGUCACCAAGUCCUCCUCCAGAUUUGAACAACAAUGAUGAUCCUAUUGUUGUGGAAGCACUGAAGAAGCUAGAAACUGAGCUGGAAGAAACAAAGACCGAAUUGAAGCUUCUAAAAGCAAGAGAAUCCGAAACUGAAAUCGCGUUAGCUUCUUUAAACGCGGAGCUUCACAAGAACAUGUCCAAAUUGGCUCAAGCUGAAGCAACUCAUGCAGGUGCAAUGGCAGCGGCAAAAUCAGUGAAGCUCAACAAUAAUGAAGAUUAUGGUAAUAAGAAAAAGGAAGUUAGAUGGGAAUCAUCACCAACAUUAGCAGAGAUGUUAACUAUUGGAGAGACAGAUCUAGGUUUGCUUGGGAAGAACAAAAAGGAAAAAAAGAAGACAACGAAGAAGAAGCCUAUCAUUCCACUUGUGGCAGACUUGUUCUCAAGGAAAAAAACAUCUUCUACUAGUGUUGAUAAUCCACUUUUUACUUCUUCUCAUCUCUUCUGAAUUAGAGGGAAAAAAUAAAUAAAUAAGAACUAUCAUUACUUGAUGUAACUUAAUUUUUUUUCCUAGUUUUAUUGUUGAGAUUCAAGCUUGAGGAAAUACCAUCAUCUUUUUAAUU